UGCUUGUUUUUGUGGUCUGCGUGUUAAUCGCGUUGUCUGAAGUUGGAAACAACGUGGUUGGGUUGUGAAUGAAUUGAAGUUAAUUAUUUGUUAUAAAUUUAUUUGUAUAUUCUUGUAAAUAAUUUUAUAAUGAUGAAUAACAAUUCUCCUCAGAGGAAAAGUAGCAAUACAAGGGAAAUUCCUGGCCGUAGAGUAGUUAUUAACGAUGCCUCUCAGUUACCAAUAGACUACUCUUCUACACCUGGUGGAACCAUUUUUUCAACUACUCCUGGCGGAACUCGAAUUAUAUACGAUAGAGCUUUUUUAAUGCAAAUGCGCAAUUCCCCUAUUGCUCGAACCCCUCCAAAGAAUCUACCUAACAUACCAGGAAUUACUAGUCUCAAUCAGAAUAAACCAAAGGAGAAUGGUACUAUUGCUGAAGGCACUGCUGCAGAUAAACAAGAAAACCAUGAGGAUGCUCUGUUUACAAUGGAUGUGUGAAACUUACUUUCUUCAGAAAACUUAAGCUUAAACCUUGGAUAUCCCGUGCCAUUACCUGUUUCUUGAUUUAAAGCCACUUUUUGGCUAACAAAACAAGUCUUAUAUUUCGGUCAUCACAGAUUGUAUCUGUGAUAAGCCAUAUUUGUUGUAUUUGAUUUAUUUGUUAAAAAUAUUACGUUGAUUGAAUAUCUUUUGCUUUUUUGAAAGAUCAUAAAAUGAGUUAAAAUGAAUUCUGCAUAAUUGUUUUCUAAGCAGUAACGGUCUAGGAUUUUAUUGUGUUCAGUACAAAUACCACCAUUUAUACUGAAGUGUUUUAUUGUUAUAGACUGAUCUUGCGAUAUACUUACUUCUAUAUGAUUUACUUGUUUUUGUUGCAUGGCCAAGGUUAGCGGAAGUAAAGAUUGCUUUUUAAUAAAAGUUGUUAUUUUUGUGGUUUAUUGAAUGUUCUUUAUUGUUUUACAGCUUUUUUGGAAGUUAUCUUUUUUGGGGUUUGCGAGUCAAGAGAGGUUCCCCCCCCUUCCACGGGUUUAUUGUUAUAUCUACAAUUGAUUAUAUGAGGCUCUGUAUUUUGACUAAUAUUAGCUUUGCAACCAUCACAUUUCAGGAUCUAUAUGGAAAUAAGUGUAUGCAUGACAUAUAAAAUAUGUGAAAUUGAAAUAUUAAAGAUUUAAAAAUA